CAAGGGCGGCGACUGAGGCGGCCAUGUUUGGAAUGGUUUCUGCGGUGGUGGGCUGUUAUUGAUGGCGGGCCUAUUGGAUUCGACGGCUGUACCGGUUACGGGGCUGUCGGCCGCAAUGGCUUAACCGUGCGGCGGAGGACUGCAGGGUCACCUGAGAUCAAAUCCGACACGAAUCAUGUGGAGAAGGCUCGCUAUCCAGAUGCGGUCUCUCGGCCCCGCCCGAUCCCCCGCCCGUUGUGUCGCCGGGUCUUCGAUUGCUCCGGCGAAUGGGACAUUCGCUGCCUUCACUCGUUACAUCUCGACGGAACCCGUGUUUUUCUCGAGAUACCGAUGCGUAUGCUUUCGAUGGAUCUAUCUGUUAUUCGAGUGGGGAAUGCGACUGCCUUUAGGAUUGAGGAUGUAAUGCCGAUUGCUACUGGUCAUGAACGCGAGGAGCUUGAGGCUGCGCUUAAAGGAAAGAAUCUUCAAGAAAUUGACUACCCAGAGGGUCCCUUUGGCACGAAGGAUAGCCUUGCAUCUUUCCAAAAUGUCACGCUAUCUAGAUUUCUUUACAAUUCCAUCCAGGGCUGCAUAGAGAACUUUGAUUUGGAUCGGCGGAAUUUGGUGUCGAACAUGUUCUCUCUAGAUCUCAUGGGAUGCCGCUCUUUACUUUUAGAUGAAGCACCUGCUGUGAUCCAGUCUUAUUACGACAAAAGGAUUGUGGGGUGCCCGGGUGUUGAAGGAGAGGAUGAGCACGAUGUUGUUUGGUUUUGGCUGGAGAAGGGCAAGCCCCAUGAAUGCCCAGUUUGCUCACACUGGAUGUGGUGGGCCCAGGUGGAUCUCCAGACGGUGGACAUGAAGAUGAUGAGGACCAUCAUCACUAGUUAUAAGCAAGGAGUGGACUCUGCUGGAGGACGUUCGCCGCAGAUG